CGCUCCCGCCGCCAACGUGCGCGCUCCGGGCGCAGGCGGUGACGCCACGCUGGUGGGGGCUGUUUGGGGGUGCGGCUCCGGGAAAGGAGCGCGACCUCCAGGAAGACGGCUGGCCGUUGUUGCCGCCUCGGUGCGGUGGCCGUGAUGCUGCCCGCUGGCGGUCCCCCGCUCCCGGGAGCCCCGGCCAGCCAAGCAGGAGGGCUCUAACUCCAUGAGGACCCCAGCAUUAUUUCUGUAAUUGUGAGAAGGACUGACUCCCAAAGCAUUGCCUUGUCGCUGACCUUUCAGUAUGGGGAGGAUUGGCAUCUCCUGUCUUUUUCCUGCUUCUUGGCAUUUUAGCAUAUCUCCAGUGGGGUGUCCUCGAAUUCUGAAUACCAAUUUACGCCAAAUAAUUGUCAUUAGUGUCCUGGCCGCUGCUGUUUCACUUUUAUAUUUUUCUGUUGUGAUAAUCCGAAAUAAGUAUGGGCGACUAACCAGAGACAAGAAAUUUCAAAGGUACCUGGCACGUGUUACCGACAUUGAAGCUACAGACACCAAUAACCCCAAUGUGAACUAUGGGAUCGUGGUGGACUGUGGUAGCAGUGGGUCUCGAAUAUUUGUCUACUGCUGGCCAAGGCAUAAUGGCAAUCCACGUGAUCUGUUGGAUAUCAGGCAGAUGAGGGAUAAAAACCGAAAGCCAGUGGUCAUGAAGAUAAAACCUGGCAUUUCAGAAUUUGCUACCUCUCCAGAGAAAGUCAGUGAUUACAUUUCUCCACUUUUAAACUUUGCUGCAGAGCACGUGCCACGGGCAAAACACAAAGAGACCCCCCUCUACAUUCUCUGCACGGCUGGAAUGAGAAUCCUCCCCGAAAGCCAGCAGAAAGCCAUUCUGGAAGACCUUCUGACCGAUAUCCCUGUGCACUUUGACUUCCUGUUUUCUGACUCCCAUGCAGAAGUCAUUUCUGGGAAACAAGAAGGUGUGUAUGCUUGGAUUGGCAUUAAUUUUGUCCUUGGACGGUUUGAGCAUAUUGAAGAUGAUGAUGAGGCAGUUGUGGAGGUUAACAUUCCCGGAAGUGAAAGCAGCGAAGCCAUUGUCCGUAAAAGGACAGCGGGCAUUCUCGACAUGGGUGGCGUGUCAACUCAGAUAGCGUACGAAGUCCCCAAAACUGUAAGCUUUGCGUCCUCACAGCAGGAGGAAGUAGCUAAAAACUUGUUAGCUGAAUUUAACUUGGGAUGUGAUGUUCACCAGACUGAGCAUGUUUAUCGAGUCUAUGUGGCCACAUUUCUUGGGUUUGGUGGCAAUGCUGCUCGACAGAGGUAUGAAGACAGAAUAUUCGCCAACACCAUUCAAAAGAACAGGCUCCUGGGUAAACAGAAUGGUCUGACUCCUGAUAUGCCAUUCCUGGACCCCUGCCUACCCUUAGACAUUAAAGAUGAAAUCCAGCAAAAUGGACAAACCUUAUACCUACGAGGGACUGGAGACUUUGACCUGUGUCGAGAGACUAUCCAGCCUUUCAUGAAUAAAACAAACGAGACCCAGACUUCCCUCAAUGGGAUCUACCAGCCUCCAAUUCACUUCCCGAACAGUGAAUUCUAUGGCUUUUCUGAAUUCUACUACUGCACCGAGGAUGUGUUACGCAUGGGGGGAGACUACAAUGCUGCUAAAUUCACUAAAGCUGCAAAGGAUUAUUGUGCAACAAAGUGGUCCAUUUUGCGGGAACGCUUUGACAGAGGACUGUAUGCCUCUCAUGCUGACCUCCACAGGCUUAAGUACCAGUGCUUCAAGUCUGCGUGGAUGUUUGAGGUGUUUCAUCGGGGCUUUUCGUUUCCCGUCAACUAUAGAAACCUAAAGACCGCCUUGCAAGUGUAUGACAAGGAGGUUCAGUGGACCCUUGGAGCCAUCCUCUACAGGACCCGCUUUCUACCAUUAAGAGACAUCCAGCAGGAGGCCUUCCGGGCCAGUCACAACCACUGGCGGGGCGUCUCCUUUGUCUACAACCACUACCUGUUCUCUGGCUGCUUCCUGGUGGUGCUGCUGGCCAUCCUGCUGUACCUGCUGCGGCUGAGGCGCAUCCACCGGCGCACUCUCCGGAGCAGCUCGGCCGCCACCCUCUGGAUGGAGGAGGGCCUUCCCGCCCAGAAGCCCGCCGGGACCUUGUGAUCCGGCUCACAACUCCAUGAAGACAUGAAAGGAAAAGCCAUUUUUGCCUCAGGGUUUCUCCUCUUUCUUUUCCUGUGGUUUUGUUUUUUCUUUCCCUUUUUUGUUCCUCUAAACAAAAACAAAAUCCAUUGUUUGUAAGCCCUGCUGACUAGAAGUACUGUGUUUAGCCAUUUUAGGUAAAGCUUUAAAUUGAGGAGUGGGGAAGAGGGAAAUUCACUUGAUUUUUGCUGCAUAGGUUAUCUGCCAAAAAUAAAUGAGAUUUCUGGGGUUUCUUUAAGGAAUGUUAAAUUUAAACAAAUGCACUUUGAUACCGGAGGGACAUGGAAAGACACAUUCUCUCAAUGGAGAGGGGACUGAAUAGUGAUGCUUUUAUAGAACCAAAAGACUUACUGCCUGAAAUGAGAAUCCUCUUUUCUCUCUAGGUCUAACCUGAAGAUGGUGACGUUUAUUUUUUAUUUAUUGUUCAGGUCUGUUACUGUAUAUGUUUUCAGAGUUAAAUUUAACUUUGCAGAGUUAAAAUUUUUUAAACCAUUUGUAUCCCAAACAGAGAAAUAUAGGCACCAGGAGAUAACCAGUUAUAAAAGUGUGAGUGAACUAUCAACCAGAGCUUUGUGUGAGUGUGUGAAAAAUCCCAAGGAACCAGAGUAAGGGAAAGCAGCGCCGGUUCUCUAAAAAUGCACUUCAGAAUUUACUGGUUCAUUCUAUUUCGAAAAAUCCUUGUUACUGUUAUCUUUUCCUGACCACAGGUAAUUACUCUCCUUAUUCCAUAUUUCAGUGGCAUUAGAACACUUUGAUUUUGAAAGAAUUGGAAAAUUCCUGAAGUGUCACCAGUUUCAGUUUUAUUAGAACUAGAGCACAUGCUCACUUCUUGUUCUUCAGUAGUUCUCAGUAGUACUUUUGCUGAAUUGUGCCUCAGUUUUUUCCAGCUUCCAACUGCUGUUUCCCCCACCUGCUUAAUUAAAAGUCAUCUCAGCUUUUAAUUGUACUGGGAGAACCCGUGCAAAGCCCGCCGAGUGCUCGUCCUUACUGCUGUGGCCGAGGCUGUCGUUGGCGGUGCCACCGUACAUCCAGAAGGGAAGAGUCUGCAUCCAACACAGGAAGUAAAUUCACAUUUUGAAGGAAACAAAUUUGACAUUUUAAGCCAAAAUCUAAAAAGGACAACUGGAUUGGCAUAUGUGAGAUUGGUUGUUUUUCACCUAUUUAUUUAGCUUAGAAGUUUGGGGAAUUCUCAUACAGUUGUUUUAGGUGCGGUUUGUUUUGUGCAGGUGUCUGUAUGUGCUGUUCCCUAAUUCCAGAACAGUUAAAUUCCUGUAGUUGGUAGCAGACGUACCCAGAAGUGGCGUUGUUGCUAUAACAGAUAACUGAGGAUAUGGAAGUGGCUUUGCAACCAGGUACUGGUCAGAGGCUAGAAGAGCUUGAAGGAACAGGAGAGAAAAGGCCAGUAUUGCUGACGACUGAGCACUAGGGGCAGUUCUGCUGAGGGAUCAGAAGAAAAGACUAAGGAAAUUCUGUCCCAGUAUGGCUCACUGCCCCAGCUGCAGUUUAACCUGCCUCUCUGGAAGAUAAAAUGCAUCUAACUAAUCCUCGAGGCAAGAGCUGUGGGGGCAUGGCUCCCUCCACUUAGAUUUCAAAGCAUGUUGCCAGCAGCCUGGAAAGCCUGGCAGAGCCUUGUCACAGGGCCAGAGGCUGGAGCCAGUUCAUCUCCAGCAGUGUCUUGUGCAGCCGCAGGGUCUCACAGUUGUCCAGGUUGUUAUCGGGCUCCUGAGGAGGCUCUGCCUAUCUGGAUUUGCCUGCAUCGUAUUUGUGCUUCUUGGUCAAAGCUGUUAAGAAGUGGGGCAGGCUUCUGGCUACCUAGUGAGUUACUCUUGGCCACCCCCCUGCAACUCUCCUAGAGGAGCCAUGGGUCAUUGGUGGGGGCUUCAGGGAGCUAGGGACAGAGCCACUAGGGGUCAGUGGCAGAGAUAAAAAAAGGAAAGGAAGGGACCACAAAGGGGUGAAGUGGGCAGACGGGCACCCAAGGGAGUUAGGGGACCCCCGCCUUCCAGCUCUGGGCAUAAAAGAGUUAGUCACAUAACUGAUGGUCCUGAAACAAGGGCUGAGAAAACCUCACUCCUCCAGCUGAGAGGCAGUAGUAGAUUUGCCAUUUUUAAACAAUUAUCUAAGAAAAAAAGGUUACAAAUCUGCAACAGACACACUAUAUGUGGCAUAUAAAGCCUAGAAUAUUUGCUAAAAUAUUUACGGAAAAAGUGUGCUGGUCCUUGUGAGAAUAGUGCAGCUCAGAAAAGGAUAUCGACAGCAGCAUCCUCUUCAGUCAGGAACGCAGUUUCCAUUUGUGGGCACAAAAAGAUGGACAGAGAAGUAACCAAACUUCAAUCUUAAAAGACUUGUUUAUGUACCAGAAUAUCACAUCUUAUUUUUAGUUCUAGAUUAUUUUCAAGAUGAAUUUUCAAACAAACCAAGAAACCUGCCCCUCAAAAUUUUGUGAAAAGAGACCAACCAAGGGAGUUCAUUAUGCUGUGUUGAGAUGUCUGCAGUCACAGCAAAUCACAUUCCACAGAAGGUCUCAUGGAGGUGAAGACAGGCAGAUGCUUUCUCUAAGAUACAGGGUGGGUGAGAGACAAGCCAGGGAGGAGCUUAAUUCAAGAGAAGAAUUCAUAUCAAGAGCUGGCCCAAGAAGGCAGUAAACGCUGUGUACUUGUGAUAGAAAGCAGAAGAGAGGUCGGGCACAGUGGCUGUUGCCUGUAAUCCCACCACUCUGGGAGGCUGAGGCGGGCGCAUCACCUGAGGUUGGGAGUUCGAGACCAGCCUGACCAACAUGGAGAAACCCCAUCUCUACUAAAAAUACAAAAUUAGGUGUGGCGCAUGCCUGUAAUCCCCACUACUCGGGAGGCUGAGGCAGGAGAAUCACUUGAACCUGGGAGGUGGAGGUUGUGGUGAGCCAAGAUCACACAAUUGCUCUGCAGCCUGGGCAACAAGAGUGAAACUCCCUCUCCAACAAAAGAAAAAAAAAAAAAAAAGAAAGAAAAGAAGGCAGAAGAAAUUGGAUUAGGAACUUGCCCAAAGCUUUGCCAAAGAAAAGUAUUGUGUUUGAUCUUGGUAGAAACAUACUAGCAGUAAAUGCUUAAUGUUCCAUGGCCAUAUCAUGGGCUUCUCAUUUUUAAACCUCCUCCAGGGGACAUUCUCAGAGAUUCCACAGUCCCUCUGGGGACGUUACAGUAGAAGAGUGACACAUGGACUUGUCCAAUGCUUUUUGCCCAUGUUCAUCCUAAGCUCUGGCUCUAGGCAGUGCUUUCUGACCUGGGCAGAGUGAAGGCGCUGCUGGUGACUGAGGCCAGUGACACGGGGGCCCUGCCCAGCCACUGAAGGCUGGGUAGGCCUCUUUUUUCACCACCAGUUACGCACCUGUACACUCUAGAUUAGCAAGCUCUGGAGGAACAGAUACUUAUAUUUUAAACUGAGGCCUACACAGAGUAGUUUUCCUUACAAGGAGCAUAUAUCACAAGAAACUAAAAAUGGCAAAUGAGUUUUCCACAAUUUAAGAAAACAAUCAGCUUUAGAAUUCUGUGCGGUCAUGUGCAAUGCAGCAAAACUACCUUUCAGUAAGUUAUUUAUUUAUUUUGGUGUUUUGUUUCUUUUGAUACUGAGUUUCCCUUUCAAUAAUGAAUGAUGUGAUCGACCAAGGAGAAUCUUUUGUUCUGUACUAAAAUUCUGUUUUACAGUUAAGAAUUAUAAACAGCAAGGGAGCGUCUUUAAAUGUUUUCUGUUUAAGUGAUGUCUUCCAUCCAAAGUAAGAAUAAUUCUCUUGGAAGGUCCUUGUCGUGUCCUGUCACUUGCUGUAUGUGGCAGCCUUAAUUAGCACACUUGGGUAUUGAAAAUCAAUAAAAAAAAGUUCCUCAUCCCGUG